CAGAGGUCACAGUUAAUAAGCCUGUGGUUUCCAAAGUUCUUGUUCCGCCCGUUAGAACAAACCCUACUUUCUCAGCUCCAGUUAUUUCUCCUCCUGCAGUUUCAGUCUCAAAACCUCCUGCCCUGACAGUUCCAGAACCUGUCUCCCAAAAUGGUCCUCAAAUGGUGAACCCAAGGCCAGAAAUUCCUAUUAGACUUAAUUCCAAUGUAAUAAGUCCAACAGCAGAUCUGUUUCCACAUGGUUUACCAGAGGAGGCAACAUCCAGUCCAGAAAUCAAUGAUAUUCUUGAUAUGGAUAUUCCACCUCCAAUUAUUCCUGAGGACUUUUUUGAUGGUGGCACUUCUGUUCUAAAUAUGUCUGCCAAUGUUACUCCUGAGCAUUCAUUUCCUGAGGCUUCUCUUUCUAUUACUCCAGUUUCCAGUAGCUCAGCUCUACCUCGUACAGCCUCCCCUAUUCCAGCAAUAAAACCCCCAGAUUCAGAUUCUGCUUUUAUAUUCAGUCCUUUGCCAACGGUUUUAGCUCCAUCAACAAAUGUCGAAUCCAUGGCAGAAAAGAGAGUGACUGAAUCCCACAAGGCAAUUGACCACACAGAGAAGCCCUUGGAAGUUCCAUUGUCCAGCUCACCCAAGACCCCUUUAGUGGUCUCUGCUCUAGCGAGAGCUGAAGAGAUGGCGCCUGUUAAGCAUACCUCUUGUGAUAAACGACUGUUUACCCUUCUAGAAAAGGCUAAACAAAAGUCUACAAAAGGCGAUCAGUUAUCCACACCUGAAAUUCUGCCUUUGGUUCAGACAGAUCUGCCCAGCAAUGCUCCACUUGAGUCUGCACUACCAGAGACAGCCCAUGCUGAACCAUUCUCACAUAUGGAUGCCCCAAAUGCCCCUGAAAUGUUUGGGAAUAUUCUUGAUAUCCCCCCUGUUGACUAUGAGGGCAAGGCAGAAGGAGCAGCACUGAGAGAGUAUAACACCCAACCUUAUGAAACAGCUCUUAAUGACCAAGAUCACAGGAAAAGUUCACCUGCUCCGAAGGUGGUGGUUGUGCAAAGACCUGUUGUGCCUCCUCCACCUCCCCCAAGAAAGCCCCAGCCGACAUUGUUUAAUGGUGGCCUCACACCAGAGAAACCACCUCAGUCUCCAAGCACAGAUAUGCAGUCCACCAUUCUGCCAAGUUGGCCCCUGAAGGACAAUGGAAUCAUUAUCCCAGGUCCUGCAGAUUUUACCUCAGAGUAUUCAAAAUAUGAAGAUUCAGAAAUUUGUGAUCCAUCUGAAAUGAUCGGGUCACAUGCAGAAGCUCCAGAUUAUGGAAAUCCUGGACCAUUAGUUCACGAGGAAACAUUUUUGGAACAUUUAAAUCUCAAACAUCAGACCCCAAAUAUGGAUACUACAGAUGUUGGGCUUCCCAGAACAGUGACGAUUGAACCUUCAGAUUCAGUACCAGACUCUCCUUUCAAUCCAACUCUCCCAUCCCCAUCCGGAAAACAAAUAAACUACAGUAGCACAGAGUUGGAAGACCUGGCAACCAGCAAGAAAAGUAAAGCAACAAAGAAACAACGCAAAGGAUCUCCUAUGAAUCCAUAUGCUGAUGCAUCUGUUGCGGAGAUCCCCAAGAAAACACUAUUUUCCAAAAAGAACUCGGUAUCAGAUGAAAAGGAGCUGAAGUCGAAAGAAAAACAAAAGCAGAAGGACAAAGAGAAAGAAAAGGAAAAAGAAAAGAAGGAGCAGAAGGAGAAGGAAAAAGACAAAGAGCAGAAGGAGAAGGAAAAAGAAAAGGAGCUGAAGGAAAAGGAAAAAGAAAAGAAUGAACAGAAGGAUAAGAAAAAAGAGCAAAAGGAGAAGGAAAGAAACAAGAAGGAGCUCAAAGAGAAAGAAAGAGAAAAAAAAGAACAGAAAGAGAAAGAAAAGAAAGUAAAUGAAAUUAAGAAAAAAUUCAAGAUCACAGGAGAGGAGCAGGCCUUGUACCAAACUAAAGUGAAAGAAACCACUAAGGGCCGUAAAGAUGAUCUGGCAAUAAAAGCUGGAGAGAUCGUCAGCAUUAUUCGCACCACAGACUGCCCUAAAGGAAAAUGGCUGGCCAGGGACAGUACAAACAAAUAUGGCUAUAUCCCAGUGGAGAGUGUGGAGUUGAAUAUUCAGGAGAUGAUGGUGCUGGGGAAUAAAUCUAAGGCUACUAACAGGACCAGCGUUAAUGGGUUCAUAGACCCAGAGGCCCCCAGUACAGACAUCAUAUCCUCACAUCAUUAUAGCCUGAACCAAGAGAGCUUUGAAGAUGACAGUGAGGAGUGGAUUGACGAUGAUGACACAGUUUUCCCAACAGCUGACGCCACCGAUCUAGACGUGAACCGGUGGGCGGCUUCUCCGGACAUUAGUCCCGAGCCAGUUCCAGCUCUACCAACACAUACUGAUAGCAGCAAUACGUUUCAUACAGGACAAGAAGCGCUUCAUAAACUGACGACCUUCUUUGCACAGCCUCAAGUACCCUCACUGCAGAACAAUACACCAAUCAAAGAACCAGAGCCGCUUGCCAUCAGUGCUGAGGGACCAGUCAGUUCACUCAAAGAGGAAACAGAUCUGCAGAUCCUUCCACCUCCGGAUUUGUAUGCUGACAUCGUCAUGGGGUGAACAGAACGCAUUUAUUCCAUGUAUGUGAUUGAAAUUAGCUGACAUGCGAUGGACAUUUUGAAAAACUGCAACGUAUGCUUCGUUCUGUCUGAUGGUGCACUGAAAGAAAGAACUCGACUGCAACUCUUCCCCCGGCUGAUGUGAAAGAAUGCUGUCAGACAUGUAUAAAAAUGAGGCGUGGGUAUGCACGUGGUAUACACAUGGUUGAAGGUGGGGUUCAUUUACCUCCCAUUUUACCUAAGAAGGACUCUGAAUGGAGGAAUAUACAGUAACUAGUUCGCUGUGCAACGUUAUUACUUUCCUUCUGGAAACCACCUGGGUGUUUUUAGUUCCACCAUGCUAUUCUGAGUAAUCUGAUUAAAGAUUGCUUUUAGAUGACGUUGGCUGUGAAACUGCUAUGUAAUACAAAGAGCUUGUAAGACACAAAGCUAAACUGGAAAACAGUCAAAAACACCAAGGCAACCAAUCAUUUGGUUGAAUUUCCACUAAAACUAAAUGAUAUUUCUUGUUUCUUGUUAAAGAUUUUUAAGAUCAUGUUGUGUACUUGUAUAGUUAGUUAUUCUCAUGUAAACAUGAGCCUCAGUUUAUAUUAAAGUAUUCUCAGCACACAGUCUUUACAAAACCCAAUCACACUUGACAGGGUCAUUCCAUCUCAAGUGGUCCAAUACAGGGUAGCUUGACCAUUUUUAAUUUUCCUAAACUUUUUGAGUGAUUACCUCUAGUGAUUUGGCAUUGCAAAACACCAAGAAACACCAGGUUUUUGUUUUGUUUUGUUAUUUUACUUGGUUUAACUAUCUUUGUGUUAUGGCACACAACAAAUUUUGGUUAUACAAUUGUUUACAGAAACCUCAAUAUCUCGGCUCAGGAUGGCCCCGAGUUAAGCUCCAAGUGGGAAAGAA